ACGAGCCACGGUCACUAAGGAGAUCUGAUCCUCGGACGAUCGUACGAUCGGUCGGGCGCGCGUGCUGUUGGCCGGUCCGGCGGUGUGAUACGGCAAUGGCAGCCACAAACGGUGCCACGGUCAGGUAGGCUUAGUUGGCGCGUGAAAAAGUGGAUUGAGCAGCUCCCGGUGGUUCCGAACGCCCCGGUGAGGCCAGUUUGCCGGAUUCGCGAUAAAUAAUCCUUAAUUAUUCAGCACUGUUUUUCCCCCGUGCGAUGGUCGCGUGGUGAUGGCGGGUGGGCGCGUUUAAAUUAUACAUUUUAAUGUAGAUUUAUGGUAAAUCGCUGCGCUACGCCUUCGAUCGGAUUUUCGGCGGUCACACGUUGCUCGUUUCGCGUUGCUCGGGUUUUUGCCAAUCGCGGCACAAACGGGGUGGUGUGAAAUCCAUUACGAGGUGCAAGUGAACACAGAAAAACACAGUCCACAAAUUUUCCGCAAGUGAACUGUGCGCGUCCUACCGUCGUGUGCUUGGUGUGCGUGUGUGAGUGCAUGUGAGUUUUCCUGCCAAGUGGAAUCCAGGAAUUGCGCCAGCAAAUAAAAAAAAAGAAAGAAGGUAUAAUAUAAUAAAUUGGCAUAAGAGAACGGAUCAAAAUUCCGAAGUGCAAGGGCGAAGGUAAGAGAGCAGCAGACGUGUGGUGUGCGGUGGUAUUUAAAUGCACCGAUGCAGUGACCUGCGUGCAGAUGCAGCCUUUGAAUCGUACGGUACAAAAGGAAACACACAAACGCGCCCCCAAACUGCAGAGGAAUGACCUCAUCGGCUAGUCAUUAAAACGGGCAAUUUCGGUACCGGGCGCGCAUUAUUUCCGCCCUCCAUCAGUGCCAGGCGGAAGCGGAAGCAUCCGGUUUUGGGGGGAAAAUCGGGUGGAGUAAACGGACGCGUGGAAAUUCACAGGAAAGGCUAAAUCCUCAAACGUGUGCGCGAAUAAAACUCAAAAACUGUAUUCAGUGUAGACGACAAUGGGCGGUUGGCGUCAAUCGAUUGCGGGAUUCAUUCGUCCUUCACGAUCCAUCACCGGCAACGCCAUGAAACGGUUCAUCAGCAUCGGAAUCCUGCUACAGAUUAUCGCUAAUUGUGAUUACGGCUUCGGUGCAAUCCGAUCGGUUCAACUGGUAGUGGAUCCACCGGCGGUACGGCGCGGUCAGCACGCCACCCUGCGUUGUCUGUACGAUCUGGACGACUCGCCGCUGUACUCCGUCAAGUUCUACCGGGGCUUACGGGAGUUCUAUCGCUACUCGCCGGGCCAGCAACCAAGCAAGAAGAUUUUCCCCUUUCCCGGUAUCAAUGUCGACGCUGCGCUCUCCGACAACCGGCAGGUGGUUAUCAAGAACGUGGGCUUCGGGCUGUCGGGAAAUUUUUCCUGCGAAGUCACCGCCGACGCACCCUCGUUUUCCACCGCCACCGAGCACAUCAGCAUGCAAGUAGUAGAGCUUCCCGACAGCGGACCCAGUCUGUGGACUGAUCAAACCCGCUACGAACCGGGGGAUUCGCUGCGGGCGAACUGCACCUCACAGCCCUCACGUCCCAAGGCCGAGCUGACGCUGACGCUGAACAACAUGGUGCACGAGUCAUUGGUCUACACGUCGCAUGAGGAAACGCGCACCACAACGGACAAUCUGAUCUCGAGCACGCUGACGCUGCGGCUGCAUCUCCAGAGCUCGCACUUUGGAUCCGGCAUGGUGCCAGGGUUGGGUGGUGCGUCCGGUCCGGGUGGAGCCCUGCUGCUGCGGUGCACCGCCACCAUCGGCAAGCUGUACGAACGGCACACCGAGCUGGAACUGGGCGUGCCCCAGCGGGAUCCCAUACCGGCUAGAGCAACGGCCGCCAUCGAGCGGGACGGGCCGUCCCCGAGAUCGCUUGCGCUUCUCACGAUCCCAGCUGAAGCCCUCCGUGCGAUGGCGAAGGACAAGCGGACCGGCGGCUACAUCGCGGUCAUCGCGCUACUAGCAACCCUGGCGGCGCCGAGCGCAGCCAUCGAUAAUCCCUCGAACUACAAAAAGAAAACCAAAAUCAGCAUAGCCUAUACCUCCUCGCUUUGCUAA